AUGACAAAUAAAAAAUCAUUGACUUUUGUUCAACAACCAUUUCAAGCAACUGUUGAUGAUUCCGAAACACUUGUAGUUGUUUUAAAUGAAUUAAUUCAUCAACUGGAUAUGAAGUUAAGUUUUACAAGUUCAAAUUUUAAUUAUGAUGACAGUGAUUAUCGUACAGCUUGUGGCAUUGCCGAUUUAGGUAGUUUCCAUUCGAUUCUUACUUCUGCUGAUGAUAUUAAAACAGCAAAAUUUAAUUUUCAUUUGAAAUUAAUUUAUAGUGAAAUUGUUCGAACAGGUGAAACACUGAAAGAUUUUAUACUGAAUUUUUUGUAUUCUAUUGCAUCUACUAUUAGAACUAAAACAGAAUUUAUACGUGUAUUUUCUGUUGAAGAACAUCAAUCUAAUCAAAUAAGUGUUAAAUUUGGCAUUACAGCAAAGAAAGAAAAUGAAACAAAAGUUUUGGCUGAAAGUUUAAAGUCAAAAUCACAAAAUUUAUCUGAUAAAAAUAAUAUUUUAAAAUAUGUUAUACCAGAAUCGUAUACGUACGCCCUUGAGCCAGCUUUAAUUGCUUUACAGUUACAAAAAUCAGAUUUUGAACCUAAGUACAAUAUAGAUUAUAAAAACUUCUCAACGCAAAUUGAUCAACGUGGUCGUCGUGAUUACUAUUUUCCCAUUGGUUGGUAUCGACACGCAUUAAAAGUAGAAGAUAAGUAUUCAAAUGAUAAAUUAUGGUUGAGAAUGAAAAAUAUCGACGGUGAAUGGAAUGUGGCUUAUCAUGGUACAAAAUCAAUGGACGUAAAAAGUAUUAUACGGCAAGGUCUAUCACAAGAUAAGGUUACUCGUGACGUUUUUAGACAGGAUGCCGUUCGAGAAGUCGGAUUUAGUGCGAAUGUUGAAGGUAUUUAUCUUGCCACUCAUUGUGAAGGCGGUGUUUCUCCACAAUACACAGACCCUUUUGAAGUGAAAAAUAAUAAUGGUGACAAUAUCAAAUAUAGAGUUGUCCUUCAAUGUCGAGUACAACCGAAUAAAUAUACGGAACAUAAUGGGGCCACAACGACUGGCUCUGCAUUAAGAGUUUUGACGAAAAAGCCAUUAGACCUUAUGGAAUACUGUUGA